UGAACUUUAAUGCAAUCAAAGUAGUUAGGAAUUCGUUGUUAUUUACCUUGACGGAAAGAGUACUGUAAGUGGAUUUAUUAAAGAAAUGUAAACAGUUGAGUCUAGAAUAUUGAUGCAACGAGAUGAAGCGUUUUCAAUUGAAUUGCUCUGAUUUCUGGAUAUUAAUACAAAAUGAUUCGAUCUCUGGCACCCAGUCAAAGAAGUAAGCGUCCACUGCUCUCUGAUAUAUCCAAUAAUGUAUCUCCAUCUCCUAUUGUGCUACAAACACGCCAGACAAACAAGAGGGUUUGUCGUAAUGUCAAAGAUGUACAAAUAGCAGAAUACAAACCCAUUACUCUUUCAGCUAAUGAUGUACAAACAACACAAGAAGUAAUUUCUGAACAUGAAGAAAGAGUAAAAAAACUUCUCAGUAAACCUUUCAAGAUUCCAAUACCUGGUUAUCAACUUUCGGGUCGUGCUUUAGGAAUACGUUUAUCUGGUCCACGUAGACCAUUACAUGAUCCUGAUGAAGCAAAUGCUCUUAUUGUUUAUUCACCACCAGAAUUGUCAGAACAUGAUAGAUUGAAAGUAGAUCUAACUAAACAACUUGUACAUGUUGUGGUAGAUCCAUUGUUAUGCAAUAUCUUAAGGCCUCACCAACGUGAGGGUGUGAAGUUCAUGUAUGAAUGUGUGACUGGAAAACGAAUAGAAAAUGCUUAUGGAUGUAUUAUGGCUGAUGAGAUGGGUCUUGGAAAAACAUUGCAAUGUAUAACUCUUUUGUGGACUCUGUUAAAACAGGGACCCGAAGCUAAAUCACUUAUAGAGAAGGCUAUUAUUGUUGCUCCGAGUUCAUUAGUAAAAAAUUGGUACAACGAAAUUUUUAAAUGGUUAAAAAACAGAGUUCAACCACUAGCCAUUGAUGGUGGAAAUAAAACAGACAUUGACGUGAAACUCACCGGUUUUAUGAAGACUUAUGGACGUAGAUGCGCUAAUCCUAUUUUAAUAAUUAGCUACGAGACCUUCCGUUUACAUGCCCACGUACUUCAUCAAGACGAAGUUGGGCUAGUAUUAUGUGACGAAGGUCAUCGUUUAAAAAACUCAGAGAAUCAGACUUAUCAAGCACUUAUAAGUUUGAAAGCCAAAAGAAGAGUAUUGCUUAGCGGAACACCUAUCCAAAAUGACCUUUUAGAAUAUUUUUCUCUUGUCCAUUUUGUUAAUCAGGGAUUGUUGGGAACUGCACAGGAAUUCCGGAAAAAAUUUGAAAUACCAAUUUUACGUGGUCAAGAUGCAGCUGCAACAGACACAGAACGCAAACUUGCUCAAGAACGUUUAACAGAAUUAGUAACUAUCGUUAAUAAGUGUCUUAUUAGACGUACCAGCGCCUUACUUUCGAAAUAUUUACCAUUAAAACACGAGCUCGUAGUUUGCAUAAAGAUGGGGAAACUGCAAACUGAUCUAUAUAAGCAUUUUGUACAGAGUGACAGUAUUAAAAAAUCAAUGGAAGUAGAUUCUGAUGGUUCCAAAAAAGGAAAGAGUCUGUCUGCUUUAUCUGCAAUUACACUCUUGAAAAAACUGUGCAAUCAUCCUGAUUUAGUUUACCAUAAAAUAUUAGAGCAAUCGGACGGAUUUGAAAACGCUGCAAAAUUAAUGCCAUCGAAUUAUAGUACUAAAGAAAUCAUGCCUGAACUAUCAGGAAAAUUAAUGGUAUUAGACUGUCUGUUAGCAUCUAUUAAAACAACGACUAAUGAUAAAAUUGUACUAGUAUCGAAUUAUACACAAACUCUUGAUCUCUUUGAAAAAUUAUGCCACAAGCGUUCCUACAAUUACGUUAGACUUGAUGGUACAAUGACUAUUAAAAAAAGGUCAAAAGUAGUGGAUAAGUUCAAUGACCCAAACAGCAGCGAUUUUAUCUUCAUGCUUAGUUCUAAAGCUGGCGGCUGUGGACUGAAUCUUAUUGGAGCGAAUCGUCUUGUCAUGUUUGAUCCCGAUUGGAAUCCUGCAAAUGAUGAUCAAGCUAUGGCUAGAGUGUGGAGGGAUGGUCAGAAGAAACCAUGUUUUGUGUAUCGUUUCCUUUGCACUGGUACGAUCGAAGAAAAGAUUUUCCAGAGGCAAGCACACAAAAAGGCCUUAAGUUCAACAGUAGUUGAUCAGGAAGAAGAUGUUGCAAGACAUUUCACAUUAACUGAUUUGCGGGAUUUAUUUAAACUAGAGGAAAAUACAAUAUCUGAUACUCAUGCAAAAUUCAAAUGUAAGAGAUGUCUUAAUGGUAUAGAAGUGAAAGGGCCGCCUGAGAAUUCUGAUUGCAAUUCAGAUUUGUCAGACUGGAGACACGCCCACAACCCACGAAAUUUGCCGGAUUUGUCACUAAGGCAAUGCUGGUCAAGUGGAAUUUCCUUUGUUUUCCAUCAUCGUUCGCACGAGCAAGUUAUAUAAAACGAUAUGAUUUUCUUUUUUACACUGCCACAUUCCUUGCGAAAGUUAUCAAAUAAGAUAACGAAUAUGUAACAUAAUCAAAUAUAUUUUACAAUGAUGGAAA